AAAAAAAAAAAAAAAAAAAAAAAAAAAAAGUUAGUUGGAGUAGCCGACAAAGCGACCGAAGGGGUGAGCGUCGUUCAAAGUUUCAAGGACGGUUUCGGCCAUUCCGAACCCUUUCCAUCUGCGCUCCUUUCUCCGCCUUGGGCAUUUGGGCAACACCGGCGACACCACAGGCGACACCAUCUGCGAAGUUCGUGUUUUGUUGGCGCCAGCGCACGCGCACACCGGCUUCAUUCUCACGUGAUGGAGGUGAGGAGGUUACGAGUCACGUGAUGCUGAUCAGCCUCAAAAAGUUGGCACGGGACGGCUGCUGCGGGCAGUUCGCUUCGGGAGUUCGGUUGGAGUCUUUUGUUGGAGUGUUAACCAAUUGUGCAGGUCAUGCUGCGGUGCCUCGUGCUGUGUCUCGUCGCUGCUGCCGCCGCUGCGGUCAGCUACCAGGAAGUUCUUGGCGCUGAAUGGUCGGCUUUCAAGGCAAAGCAUGGCAAGUCUUAUUUGUCUGAAACUGAAGAAGUGUUCAGGCUAAAGAUCUACAUGGAGAACAGGCACAAGAUUGCCAAGCACAACGAGAAGUAUGCCAGGGGGGAGGUGCCCUACAGCAUGGCCAUGAACGAGUUUGGAGACAUGCUUCACCACGAAUUUGUGAGUACCCGCAAUGGCUUCAAGCGAAACUACAAGGAUCAGCCCAGGGAGGGAUCUACAUACCUUGAGCCAGAAAACAUUGAGGACUUCAGCCUGCCCAAGACCGUGGACUGGAGGACCAAGGGUGCAGUCACGCCUGUCAAGAACCAGGGGCAGUGUGGAUCCUGCUGGGCCUUCAGUGCUACCGGAUCCCUGGAAGGACAGCACUUCCGCAAGACUGGCUCCAUGGUCUCCCUGAGCGAACAGAACCUGGUCGACUGCUCGGCUGACUUUGGAAACAACGGCUGUGAGGGCGGUCUCAUGGACAACGCCUUCAAGUACAUCAGGGCCAACAAGGGCAUUGACACCGAAAAGAGCUACCCCUACAAUGGCACGGACGGCACUUGCCACUUCAAGAAGAGCACUGUCGGGGCCACUGACAGCGGCUUUGUGGACAUCAGGGAAGGCUCGGAGACGCAGCUGAAGAAGGCCGUGGCCACCGUUGGACCCAUCUCUGUCGCCAUUGAUGCCAGCCACGAGUCCUUCCAGUUCUACUCUGACGGUGUGUACGACGAGCCGGAGUGCGACAGCGAGUCCCUGGACCAUGGUGUUCUUGUGGUUGGUUACGGCACCCUCAACGGCACCGACUACUGGCUCGUCAAGAACAGUUGGGGAACCACCUGGGGUGAUGAGGGCUACAUCCGCAUGAGCAGGAACAAGAAGAACCAGUGUGGAAUCGCCUCCAGUGCUAGCUACCCUCUGGUGUAACCUUCCAUAUCUGCACUUUCACCCCAUUGUCAUCACUGUCCUGUUGUGCAUUCAAUAAACAUCUCUGUACAGUGCCCCAGCA